UAUUGGCACUGUGUCGGCCGGCCGGUGGUAGGAUUCUGGUCGGCUGGCGAUCCUUGAGUUGGCUCGUCGGCUCCGCGGGGAGGCGGGGGUGGCCAUGGAGCGCGUCCCGCCUUCCGAUGCUCCAGCGGUCUCCCCGCUCAAAGAUGGGCUGUUGCAGUCCUCCGGCGCUCCGAUGAAAAAGCAAGCGGUAAAGCGGCACUACCACAAGCAUAAUCUGCGGCACCGCUACGAGUUCCUGGAGACGUUGGGCAAAGGCACCUACGGCAAAGUGAAGAAGGCGAGGGAGCGAUCCGGCAAGCUGGUUGCUAUCAAGUCUAUCCGGAAAGACAAAAUAAAGGAUGAGCAGGAUCUUCUCCAUAUCCGAAGAGAAAUUGAAAUCAUGUCCUCUCUCAAUCAUCCCCACAUCAUUGCUGUUCAUGAAGUAUUUGAAAACAGUAGCAAGAUUGUCAUUGUGAUGGAAUAUGCUAGCAAGGGAGAUCUUUAUGACUACAUUAGUGAGCGCCAGAGACUGACGGAGCAGGAAGCUCGGCACUUCUUCAGGCAAGUGGUGUCAGCAAUCUAUUAUUGUCAUAAGAAUGGAAUUGUUCAUAGAGAUCUGAAGUUAGAAAACAUUCUUCUAGAUGCAAAUGGAAACAUCAAAAUUGCAGACUUUGGCCUUUCCAAUGUCUUCCAACAAGAUAGGCUUCUUCACACCUUCUGUGGCAGUCCACUCUAUGCAUCUCCUGAGAUAGUUAACGGAAGGCCUUACAAAGGACCUGAGGUUGACAGUUGGUCCCUUGGUGUUCUUCUCUAUAUUUUGAUCCAUGGCACAAUGCCAUUUGAUGGCCAUGAUUACAAGACACUGGUGAAACAGAUUACAAGGGGAGAUUACAAAGAACCCACCAAACUUUCAGAUGCCUGUGGCCUGAUCCGGUGGAUGCUAAUGGUGAAUCCAGAACGCCGAGCUACCAUUGAGGACAUAGCCAGCCAUUGGUGGGUCAACUGGGGCUACAGAGUACCAGUUGGGGAACAGGAGUCCUCGCGAGAGGAUGAAUCCACGUUGGCUACUGUUGCAGAUUGGCUUCGCCGCUCCUCCAGGCCUUUGUUUGAAAAUGGCUCCAAGAUGCGCUGCUUCUUCAAGCAACACAUCCCUGGUGUCACGCUGGAGAAGCAGCGUUCACUCAAGAAGUCAAAAAAGGAGAACGAUGUGUCUCAUGCUCUGCAAGAAACAGGCCUAGCUCCAGAGAACCAAUCCAAAUCAAUCCUGAAGAGACCUAAGGGCAUCUUGAAAAAGAGAAACUCUUGUGAGAAGUCCCAGAGUCCUUUGGCUGUGGUAGCUCCUCUUGAUGUGCAGAAAGAAGAUAAUACUAGGCCUGCGCUUGAUGUAGCUUGUGUCCUGUCCUCCAGAUCCUUGGCCUGCAAUACAGAAGGUGUUAUAGCCAUCCCCCCAAUGCCCAAGAAAGGAAUUCUGAAAAAGCCACAGAAGAGAGAGUCUGGCUAUUACUCAUCUUCGGACCGUAGUGAAUUUGCAGAUGUUUUGGACUCUGAAAACAUAGACCUCAAUGCCAGUGUCUUUGUGGGCACUCCCUCCUCCACUCAGACCUCCAGUGACAAUCAGGCCAGGCGGAAAGGUAUUUUGAAACACAAUGGCAAGUACUCCUCCAGCAGCACUGAGUCUGAUGGUGUGCCAGCCAAAGUCUUCCCAAUGUUCCCUGAGGUCAUCUUGCCCAAGCUGUCCCUAGCCUCUCGCAUUUGCCCAUCCAGCGCUGUGAGUGAGGACAGCAUCCUUUCCACAGAGUCCUUUGACCAGCUUGAUUUGCCCGAUCGAAUGCCAGGAAGUGGAGGAGUCUCCAUGCGUGGCUCUGUCUCUGCAGAUGACCUCCUGCAGCUGGAGGAGGGAGAUGGGGAAACCAAGAGCCGCCGACUCCGACGCUGGACAGUGACUCAGUGCCAAAAACCCCUUGCAGACAGUUGUUUCUCUCUGGCAGACUGUGAUAAUGUCACUGAAGUCUACAAACGGGCUGUGACUAUCAGCAUGAAACUGAGCUGAUGGCCUCAUUGUCAGUCAGGACCACUGACACACCUUUGCUAAUUAUGGCAAAGAUGUUUUACAGCCCAGAUUCUGGCAUUCUCCAAACAAUUUGCACUUCCCAUUCAAAUGGAUAAAGAACUUUCAGUAGCCUUUGUCUUCUCCCUGACAGGGCUGGAAGUGCAAUUGGCUGGAAAUAUAUUUAUUUUUACAUAUUCCUUGUUUGUUCUCAGAAUGUAAAGGAAUGUUUACAUUCUUAACAUUGCCUGUAAAAUGGUAUAACAGGGUAUGGAUGUAUGUUUGGAGAGAGGAAAAGAUAUGUUGAUAGAAGGGCAGUGGAUGUAGGAAAAAAGUAAAAACAGUGUAAUGGGCCUGGAGUACUUGGGGAAAAAUGGGAGGGCAUCUGUUAUCUGUAGAGUAAUGGACUAAAAGGGAUGUAAUUUUUUUUUCUCCCAGCAUCAUCAACAAAAAAACACUGAAUUGGAGUCAUGAGCAACUAAGUCCAGUAACAUUCUCCUGAACAGCCUUUGUCUCUCCAAACAGACCCUGAUGAUCAUCUCUAAUCUUAGUGAUUGGAGUGAUGAUUUUGUUUGCACUGUGUUUCUUUAAUUGCACAAAGAAGUUAAUGAGUUAGAAAUGCCUCCAAAGGGGAAAAGGAUUAAGGCAAGGUACUUAGAAAGGAACAACUAUUGUUUGAAAAACUAAAAUUCUGUCUCAUUGGAGGGUAUCUGCACUAUAUAUUUAGAAUUCCAAUUACCCUGAUAUACUUGGACUGAAAUGGCAGUGAAAAGGGGCUCACUAAUAGAAUUCUGGGCAUCCUCCAUAAAGCUGAACAUAACAUUCAUUUCUUUAGUUAAGCCACAAAAGAGUUAAUAAAACUUAGAGCAGGUUUCCCCAGUGGGCCUCCUCUUGUUAGACUACAAUUGCCAUAAUUUCCAAUCAGUGUAGGCAUGCUGGCUGAGGAAAAUGGGAGUGAUGGCCCAACAUAUAUGGAGGGAAUCAUGCAGGAAAGACUGAUUAGUUAGAUGUUUUGGUAAGAACUGGAUAUAGUAAAGGCACAGAGGAGUUCAAAAUUCUCCUCUAUUCUCAUUUCUGUUUUUUUUUACUUUUUAGCAGACGAGAACACUUUGCUUUGAUCUUGAUUAAAAAAGUGACUAAAAUAUGGGGCAUUUUUUUGCUCCUCCCAAAAGAGAACGCAAAAAGUAGCCCAACUGUGCUGUAAAGUGAAUUUUCCUGAAGCUUCCAAAUAAAACAGGCAUUCGUGUUUCCAGAAAUGUGUAUGCAUAUAAUUAAGUCUGAACUAGAAUAUGGAAUCUAAAAGGCCAGGACAAUGAGGGCCAGAUGAAACUCCUUUUAUGGGGAAAGAGAUGUUUGUUAGUAGUAGGCAUAGCAAGUUUUUAAAGAAGCGAGCAUCAAGUCCUUCCAAAAUACAGUAAAUAUAGUUGCCUUUUAAAAGAUGACUUAGAACCCAAGAAAUGUUUACUUAGCAUAGGAAAAUACCCUUCCCUGAAUUUCCUGAUGUUCCCCACGUUCCCCAAAGGAUCUCUUUGCUGUUCAAGUGACCCUCCUGAAAGUUACUGGAAGGAAGGAAAGGGCAAAAAGUCUCAUUCUGUGGCUUUCCUAAAGUUAACCUGUUUCAAGAAUCCAGUCCAUAUAUUUUGUCCAGAUGUCUGUGCCUUCUAUAUUUAGGUUGCAGAAAAACAAUAUGACUGCUAGAUGACAGUGGAAAUACGGGAAAACAAAUGUCUUUUAUUUUUGCCUAAUGAUUUCUGGAUUUUUGUAGAAGGCUAAACCUGGUUCUGUUCUCAAAGUAGUGAAUCUUUGCCCUUGAGUAUUUUAAAAUACUGCCUUUUUGACCAAUAUGAACUUGACAAAAGUUUUUUUUAAAAAUAAAGAUGGUAGCCUUUUUUUAAAAGGCAAUAUAAUGAAUUCAUAGUCAGAAGAAGGUGAUCUGUAAAACGUUUCCAUCUUGUAGUAUUUUGGAUUCUUAAGUGCCAGUUGCACUAUCUUGCCAUGUAUUUUCUGGGUGGCCUUCAAAGUACUGCCUUAUAAAAUAUUGUUCUUCCAUCCAGAGAAGCUAAUUUAAAUCUAGCAAAGUGGGACCAGAACUUUUUGUCUGCUCAUAAAUUGAUGCAAUGGUUAUGGAAGAAAUAAUUAAAAAAAAUAAGGA